UCCAGGAGUACGUAGGCCCUCUUAUGUUUGGGCCAAUCGAGCCGUCUACCGUACAUAACAAAAUUUAGGGUUUUAGGGAGGCUGGACCUGCAAGCAAGCAUUCGAAUCAGCUUGCCUUCUCCUCCAUUUUCCGUCUACCCUUCUUCCUCCUCGCUGGUAUUACCGUCCGUUACACUCGGACCCAUGGACUCAAAGCUCACAGAAGCGGCCGUUGACGGAGAAGCUAACGACGUUCAGACCUCGGACCACCAGGAAGACGAUCGGUCUCAACCUCAGACCGGUGAUGGAGCCAGCCCUGGAAAGAUCUUUAUUGGAGGUUUAGCAAGAGAGACGACUUCUGCUCAAUUUGUCAAGCAUUUUGGUGUAUAUGGUGAAAUUACAGACUCCGUGAUAAUGAGAGACCGGAGAACUGGGCAGCCUCGUGGAUUUGGGUUUGUGACUUAUGCAGAUCCUUCUGUGGUUGAUACAGUAAUUGAAGAUAUUCAUGUUAUCAACGGAAAGCAAGUGGAGAUUAAACGGACUAUACCCAAAGGAGCUAUUGGCUCUAAGGAUUUCAAAACUAAAAAGAUCUUUGUGGGUGGAAUUCCAACAACAGUUACUGAAGAUGAGUUUAAGGACUUCUUCUCCAAGUUUGGAGAGGUCAAAGACCACCAAAUCAUGCGGGAUCAUUCUAGCAAUCGUUCUCGUGGCUUUGGAUUUGUUACAUUUGAUGCGGAACAAACUGUUGAUGACCUCUUGACCAGGGGGAGCAAGCUUGAGUUGGCUGGAACUCAGGUGGAGAUUAAGAAGGCAGAGCCAAAGAAACCAAACCCACCUGCUGCUCCAUCCAAGCGUUACAAUGAUUCUAAGCCUGCAUUUGGCAGUGGGUAUGGAGAUGGCUAUGGUGGAUUUGGAGGUGGUGAUGGUUUUGGCCCUGGUUCCUACAGGUCAGGUGGAGCUUAUGGGGGUAGAGCCACUGCUUACGGCGGAUAUGGUGGAGGUGACUUUGGUGCAUAUGGAGCAUAUGGUGGAGCUGUGGGUGGUAUGGGGGCGUUUAGGGGACAACCCUCUAUUGGAUACUCUGGCCGUUAUGCGGGAGGUUUUAGUAGAGGUUAUGACAUAGGGGGUGCUUAUGGUGGGCCUGCUGAGAGCUAUGAAGGAUAUGGUGGUGGCAGCAGUGGCUCAGGUGGUGGCUAUGCUGGUAGCUAUGAUGGAGGCUAUGGAGGCUAUGGAGGCAGCAGUGGAGGUUCAUUCUUGGGAGGUAGAGGUGGUUAUGGUGGUGCAGGGGGAGGUCGGUAUCAUCCGUACAGCAGGUAGAGGGGGGUCUGGAAAGGGAAGACGAGCUUUAACCAUUUUAGUUGCAGCAUGAGGUUUCUCUUUAGGUGUUGGCUCUUUUUUUUAUUCAAGAGGCUCUUUGAUCUGUUUACUCGUCUUAAAUUUUGUUUACAAAGGACUCAACGAACAAAUUUAUUUGGCCUAUUCUGACUUACAUUUAUUUGAGUGCUAGAUCAUCCUGUUGCCAAAAAAGAGUGCCCUCUUAUAAUUGUAGUGACCAUUUUGCACAGGCGUUUAUGAUUUUUUCAUGUUUAGUUUUAUUCAAGAAACCUGCAGAAACAAACUGAGCAUUUCCAUUAUCUCUGGUUUAUUCAAGAACCCUGCAGAAAUAAACUGUGCAUUCUUUUUGUGUUAA